GGUUUGGCAUUUUGUAAAAUACAGAGAAAAGUCUAUUCAAAGGAAGAAGAAGUCCGAUUUAAAUGAAGAAUCAGGUGGAUAUCCAUAUCAAUAAUGGAGUAAAGGAAUAAAAACUGCUGUCAAAUCAAAUAGUGUAUAAGCUAGUCAACCCUCCAAACUAACUUCUUUGUCUUACUUUCUUAAAAUACCUUCUCACGCAAAAGAUUUAGGUUGGUAUACAUUGUUUUAACGUGUUUUCUGCAUGAACUUUCAGUAUUUUUCAUACUUGUAUUGAAAAGCACAGUUAAAAAAAAAAAAAAAAAAAAAAAAAAAAAAGCACGUGUAAUUAAUUAAUUCUACACAUUCGUUUCAUUAAACAUAAGUUUUUUUUUUCGUAUCAUGAUCAUCCUAUAUAUACUAACUGUUACUUGUUCUAGUCUUUUUACAAUAUGGUAUAUAACAUAUCACUUUAGUGUCUAAGUUAAAAUUAUCAUUAUACUAGCGUUUUGGCAUUUAUAUUAAGAUUUCAGAAACUUAAUAUAUUUUUGUGCCCGAAAUAUUUGGUGUUUAAGCACAAGUCAAGUUUGAUAUUAUGAUACUUACGAAAGCGAAAAGAUAAGCUUGCUUUACUAUUCACGUAUUCGACAUCUUAUGAUAAUUACUGUUGAGAGUUUGAAUAUUACAACAACAAAACAAAACUAGCUAAACAGUAAUGACGUCUAUAUAACUAUUUAAUAUUCUCGUCAACGAACUUGGCAUAAUAAAAUGUAAAAUCUUGAAAUAAACGACGGUCACCUCAAACCAGAUUCCCAUUUCCUAAGUAUAAAAUGGAACUCUUUACAUUCUAAAAUACAUAAAAUAAACAAAAGUCGACGACGGCGACCAAAACAAAACUCAAUAUUUUAAAAUUUUGAUGCUAAAUUAAUAUGGAAAAUUCAAAGUCUCACAUUAGCGUGGGAUUCACUCCUCUCUCACCGUUCCACUCUUUCCCCCUCAUUUCCGCUACACUUAUUUCCAUCAAAUCCACACACACGCGCAUAUUAUAUAAACACAUAUACUUACACAUUAUUCAUUCAUCCAUUACUAAUAGAAGAACGAGUUAAACUAAAAAAAAAGCAUAAACAUUUAUUACCAAAUGUCUCCGUGUCGUACGAUGGUUCUGCUCUGUCUGGUUCUGUUUCUGGCGGCGAGUAGCUCUUCUUAUGUGGCCCCUGCAAGAAUUGGAGCCACAUUGGAGAUGAAGAAUAGGAAGAGCUUAGGGUUCAAAGACAGCCUUAUUUCUGGUUACUUGCCCAAAGGCGUUCCCAUUCCUCCUUCUGCCCCUUCGAAGAGACACAACUCUCUUAUUGACUCUCAUCCUCAUUGAUUUUUUUCAUAUUAUCUUUUUGUUUAUUCAAUGUAUUUUCUUGCGGUUUUGUUUUAUAGUUUAGAACAGCAUAGUUACACAUAGGAUAUACCCUUUGUAUAUGCUUUCACACGUCUAUCUAUACUAUUGAUUUUUUCAUAUGAUUAUGAACUAAUGUUUGUUUAAGUUCAUGAUGGUCAUAUAAAGAUCAAGAAAUUCAAUUAACUCAUCUUGUCAGCCUUGUGUUGCAGUCUGCAUCCAGCAUCACACAUCAUCCGCUUAAUCAAGAACAUGUUCGUGCCAGUCUUGGCAUGUUCUUGAAUUACGUCGCAAGUUCAUGAAGUUAACAAUUUGAUCAUCAAUUAGACACCGGACAACUCUUGUCGAAAGCUCAUAAGUUAACACGUGCUAAAAGUUGUUAAGAUAUACUAUAAUAAAUGUGUAACAAACACACUUGUACUGUGAAAUUUGUCUUUCUCUUAAGAAGAUAUAUAUACUUAAUAAAUAGACAUCAAACGUCUUUAAGAGUUUGAAGGUAUAGUGGAAUCAAUCAUAAGAGAUAAAUACAGCCUACAAUACAUAGAAGAAACAUGUUAUGUAGCGUAGCGGUCAUUUUUCCUCUGGAUGAUUAUUAGAAAUAAGCCCUAGUAAGGAAAACAGAGACCAACAAAAAAAUAUUAAAAAUGGAAAAGAAAGGGGCAUUCCGACAAUUGAACUCGGGACCUCUCGCACCCUAAGCGAGAAUAAUACCACUAGACCAAAUGCCCUUCUGACAGUAUUUGAUACCAACAGGCUUCAAAAGAUUAAACCGCUUUUCACUAUUUUCUCAAGCGGCAAGAACAAAGGCGUCGGGAAGAGUCAUCCAAUCGUACCCUUCGCACUCUGUUUGUGACAGUCAAGAACUUCAUCUUCUCUAUCUAUAGUCCCCCGUUGCCUCUAGCUGCGCAUCCUUCGAAGCUCUCGCCUGCUCAAAAAAUUAAAGAUUAGCUGGAAUUUCGCAGAAACGUGACUAGGAUUUGGGAGAGAGAGAGAAUUACCCGCACAAAACGCAGCGCCAGCUCCCUCUGAACCCAAAGCGGCUGACAAUGUCUACUCUUCAGCCUUUAUUGACAUGGUUAUUCGGAAACUACAUUCUUGGAAUGUUAAAUAUCUAUUAUUUGCUGGGAAAGUGAAAAUGGUUGCUUCAGUUAUAUAUGGUAUGGUAAUUUCUGGAGUGCUGUAUUUGUUUUCGUAAGGCGUUUUAUGAAAAGAUUGAUGCUCUAUGCUGGUUUCCUGUGGAAGAAUAAUACAGUCUCAGCUUCCGGUUCAAAGGUCACGUGGAAAGAUGUAUGCAUGCCUAAACAAAAAGGUGGUCUUAGCAUAAGGUUACUCAAACGGACUUGGAACUACUUCUCGAACACUAGCUCACUGUGGGUUCCUUUCUGGCAAGAUUCGGAUUCAACCAGAUUCUCUCCAUCUGUUAGAAGUAUGCUCCCGCUGCGGCCGAUGCUAAACUAUUUUAUGCGUUGUGUGCUAGGAGAUGGCGCAUCUGCAUCUUUUUGGUUUGAUACAUGGACUUACCUAGGCCCCCUUAUCUCUGUUCUGGGUGACAAUGGGCCGAGAGACUUGCGUCUCAGAAUUGAUGCUCUCCGCCAUGUUCUGGACCGACAAAUCCGCGACUGCCUGCUCUCAUACCCUUCACCGAACAGCUCUCCAUGGCUGCUGCUGUUCUAUUUCUUUCUUUCUAGGCCACCUUGAGGUCCUCCGCUUGAGUUUGGUUGUUGAUUUUGUUUCUAUCUUUCUCCCAGUAAAUUGUAAUCAACAUUUAAAAAUUCAAAAUGGUAUAAAUCUUAACAAUUUGCCAAAAAAAAACCUGAGCUAUAACUAUUAAAAUAAUGGGAAAACAACUAACAAUACAAAAUGAAGAACUGCAAUAGUGCAAAAACAGAGUAU